AUGGCGGCAAUCUGCCAAGGUUGCUUGUGUUUUCAGUGCGUGACGACGUGCUUGCAGAGUUGGGAACAGAUAGUCGGUGCUAAAACCCGUAGAGAUUUGUUACGCAGGUCGGAGAUAGGCAUUAUCGAACGCUGCGGCAGAUAUGAACGGCUGGCGCCGCCCGGAUUGCGAUGUGUCUGUUGGCCGCUAGAGACAGUAGCAGGGCUCUGCGCGGAAAUUGGUCGAUUCGAUAGCCAUAAACUUUGAUUUCCGUGCAGGCGGGACGCAUUAGCCGACGGAUCCAGCAGUUGGACGUAGCCUGCGUGACUCGGCGUCCUGCGAGGGAGUUGCUGCGUCGACGCGCGCACUGUCGAGCACGUCUCAUCGGCACGUCCUGCGCAGGCGAAACAAAGACAAGUGAUAACGUAUUUCUAAACGUGAUCAUAUCCGUACAGUACAAAGUCAAAGAAGAAUAUGUAUAUGAGGCGUUCUACGUGCUCAAUGAUCCAUCGGAGCAGAUCAAGAGCUAUGUGUAUGAUGUAGUGCGGUCGACCUUGCCCUUGUUGACGCUCGAUAAAGCGUUUGAAUCGAAAGAAAUGGUGGCCCAAUCCGUUAAGAGGGAAUUAUCAGGCACUUGCUGCAUCGUCCUAUGGCUCAAGGAACCUCGUCAAAAUUGGCGUUGUGUAGGUGUUAUGAGCGAGUACGGAUUCGUCAUACACAAUGCCCUGGUAACUGAUAUUUCGCCCGACGGUCGGGUCAAGACUGCCAUGAACGAAAUUAAUGCCUCGAAGCGCCUCAAGGAAGCUGCUUUCGAAAAAGCGGAGGGCGUGAUAUAUCAGUGUGCAAACAAAACUCUUUAGGAAAAAGGCACCUUUUCUUUUACCGCUGAUACUUCUAGGAGAAAAUAUUGCUGGUGAAAUCCGCAGAGGCCCAAGCUGAAAGCAAAUAUCUAUCUGGUCAGGCAUGAGCCGCAAUAUUUUAGUUGACCCUGUGGGGCCUUGAGAUUAAUCUCCACCCUUAGGUGUCGGCGUAGCGCGCCAACGAAAAGCGAUCGUCGAUGGCCUGCGGGAUUCGAUAUCGCAGUUCUCUGGUAAUGUCAAAGGGUCGACACCAAAGGAUGUGAUCGAUCUACUUCUCCUGACGCAGUACUUUGACAUGUUGAAAGAGGUGGGAACUCAGCGCGGUACACGUGCAGUCUUCCUCCCAAGAAAGAAGAAGUCCCAGAUUAGUGCUUUUCGCGACGGGUUGUUGCAGGCGCAGGCGGGGAGAAAUUAGUACUGCGCCUAAGGGUGAUGAUCGGAUAAAGGGCCGGACUGCCCGGACCCCACCAUGGGUUUUCGCUCCAUCGCGCCUGUACCUGGGAAUUCGUUCGGGGGGACUCGUGGGGCCCUCUUGUGGGCCGCCUGGGCUCAGAGGGCCUUACAGUGCGGUGGGUUUUGACAGUGUCGGGGCUGAUCGCCCCUUCUGCUUCCAAAAAGACCACCCCCCGCGGGGCUGAUCGCCCCGUCUAGCCCCGAGUUCCCGGAUUUAAGCUACGAAAGGGGGAACUUCGGAAAGUUCAAGUCACAGUUACUAGUAGCCCGGCGUGCCAGUGGACUCCGAUCUCCACUCAGCCUCUG